AUGCCCCGUGUCCUGUUGCUGGGAGCCGUGUGCAUUUUCCUGUUUGCCAGAGUGCCCCCCGCCCACCCUCUUCAGGAAAUGCACGUGAGCAGGGAGACCGUCGGGAAGAUUUCAGCAGCCAGCAAAAUGAUGCGCUGCUCGGCUGCGAUGGACAUCCUGUUUCUGUUAGAUGGCUCUCACAGCGUCGGGAAGGCAAGCUUUGAGAGGUCCAAGCGCUUUGCCAUCACGGUCUGUGAUGCCCUGGACAUCAGCCCAGAGAGGGUCCGAGUGGGAGCAAUGCAGUUUGGUUCUGCUCCUCAUCUGGAAUUCCCCUUGGAUGCAUUUCCCACACGACAGGAAGUGAAGGCAGAAGUCAAGAGGAUGAUUUUCAAAGGAGGGCGUACAGAGACGGGCCUCGCCCUGAAACACCUUCUGCACGGAGGCUUCCCCGGGGGCAGAAACGGCUCCGUGCCGCAGCUGCUGGUCAUCGUCACUGACGGGAAGUCCCAGGGGCACGUGGCGUCACCGGCCAAGCAGCUGAAGGAAAGGGGCGUCACUGUGUUUGCCGUGGGGGUUCGGUUCCCCAGGUGGGAGGAGCUACAUGCCCUGGCCAGCGAGCCGUGGGAGCAACACGUGCUGUUGGCAGAACAGGUGGAGGACGCCACCAACGGCCUCCUCAGCACCCUGGCCAGCUCUGCCCUCUGUACCAUCCAUGCUCCAGACUGCCAGGUGGAGGCUCACCCCUGUGAGCGCCGGACGCUGGAGACGGUCAGGGAACUCGCCGGCAGCGCCCCCUGCUGGAGGGGUUCGCGGCGGACCGACGCUGUGCUGGCUGCACGCUGUCCCUUCUACAGCUGGAAGAGAGUGCUCCUCUCCCAUCCAGCCACCUGCUACAGGACCACCUGCCCAGGCCCUUGUGAUGCCCGUCCCUGCCAGAACGGGGGCACAUGUGUUCCAGAGGGGCUGGACAGAUACCACUGCCUCUGCCCGCUGGCCUUUGGAGGGGAAGCCAACUGUGCCCCAAAGCUGAGCCUGGAAUGCCGAAUCGAUGUCCUCUUCCUGCUCGACAGCUCUGCGGGCACCACCCUGGAGGGCUUCCUGCGCGCCAAGGCCUUCGUGAAGCGGUUCGCACAGGCCCUGCUGAGUGAGGACUCCCCGGCCCGCGUGGGCGUGGCCUGGUACAGCAGGGAGCUGGUGGUGGCAGUGCCCAUCGGGGAGUACCAGGACGUGCCCGACCUGGUCAGGAGCCUUGACCACGUUCCCUUCAGCGCUGGCCCCACCCUGACGGGCAGCGCCUUGCAGCAGGCCACAGAGCGUGGCUUUGGAAGCGCCAUCAGGGCAGGCCAGGACUGGCCACGCAGAGUGCUGGUCCUGCUCACCGAGUCGCACUCCCAGGAUGAGGUGGCCGGCCCGGCUCGUCGUGCCAGGGCCCGAGAGCUGCUCGUGCUGGGCGUGGGCAGUGAGGCUGUGCGGGCAGAGCUGGAGGAGAUCACAGGCAGCCCGAAGCACACGAUGGUCUACACAGACUCGCAGGACCUCUUCAACCAAAUCCCAGAGCUGCAGGGGAAGCUGUGCAGCCGGCCACGGCCAGGCUGCCAGGCCCAAUCCCUGGACCUGGUCUUCCUUUUGGAUGCCUCGUCCUCCGUGGGCCCCGAGAACUUUGCCCACAUGCAGAGUUUCCUGAGAAGCUGCGCCCUCCGGUUUGACGUGAACCCUGACGUGACGCAGGUCGGCUUGGUGGUAUACGGCAGCCGGGUGCAGGUCACCUUCGGGCUGGACACCCACCCGACCCGGGCGGCAGUGCUGCGGGCCAUGAGCCAGGCUCCUUACCUGGGUGGGGUGGGCUCGGCCGGCACGGCCUUGCUGCACGUCCACGACCAGGUGAUGACGGUCCGGAGGGGCGCCCGGCCCGGCGUCCCCAAGGCCCUGGUGAUGCUCACAGGUGGGAGAGGGGUGGAGGACGCCACCGUCCCUGCCCAGAAACUGAGGGACAACGGUGUCUCUGUCUUGGUCGUGGGCGUGGGGCCCGUGCUGAGAGAUGCGCUGCGGAGACUGGCAGGUCCCCGGGACUCCCUGAUCCACGUGGCAGCUUACGCCGACCUGCAGUACCACCAGGACACUGUCAUCGAAUGGAUCUGUGGAGAGGCCAGACGACCCGUCAACCUCUGCAAACCCAGCCCGUGCAUGAACGAGGGCACCUGCGUCCUGCAGAACGGGAGCUACCGCUGCGAGUGCCGGGGCGGCUGGGAGGGCCCCCACUGUGAGAACCGGGUCUUGAGAGGUGACGCACCCCAGGCACUAGCCUCCCACCAAGAGCCUACAGGAAGACAGCUACCAAACCCUUUGCUGCAACCUCAUGGAAGGCUAGGGCAUCCUGGACGCUGA